GAAAAUACCAUUCUCUCCCGAAAAACAUCUCUCCCGUUUCUCUUCUGGGAGCCCUAGGUUUUCUUUUUUUUGUUCUUUCGCUGUCUAAUCUAAUCAACUUUCUCUUUGUUUGUUGCAGAGAUUAAUGCUUUGUUAACUAAUUUUAUGAGGUAAAAUUCCAUGCUAUUGCAACUCGCAGAGCAGGAAGAUGGAAGAUAAUUUGGGUGUUGCUUCCCCUGCUAUAGGCGAUGCAAUCAAGUGUGAUUUGGGGGUCUUAUGGAUUAACUUGCAGUGAGUCUCUUGCUUUCUGGUAAGAUUUAAUUCCGCAGCUAAAUGAGGAAGAAGAAGUUGAAGAAUGGCGAGAGAAAACAGACAGUAGUCUGAACCAAAAAAUGUUAUACAGAUAAUAGUUUGGAUCAAAAAUGUUUGGGAUGUCCAUGUCUAUAUGUAUUACUGACAGAGGCAGGGGAAUUCACUCAAAUAGAGGUCCAUUGCAGACUCUAACAUGUACUAACAUCAAAAGCUUGCGUUUUGAGGAGGGGGAUGAGAUUCAGGUCAUGCAGGAAAUGGUUGCAGAUGCAAAGAGUGGCAUAACAAAUGGUACGGUUUUUGAAGAUGAGAUAGAUAACCAAAUCCAAAUAUGUAGCGACGGCAAUGCUGAAGAUAGCAAGGAUUAUGUAUCCGUGUACCUUGAGUUAGUAAACCAUAGACAAGAAGUUAGGGCACUUUAUGAAUUUUCAUUACUGGACCAAAGCGGGAAAAAUAAAUAUGGUGCUCUUAAAAUUCCUAGAUCUUGAACAACGUUUGAACCAGAAAGCUCAUUAUGGUACGUAUGCACGUUCGUGGGUUUUCCAACUCCUAAUAUGGUUCUUGAAUUAUGUUGAAACCAUUAGCUGUUUACAGACUAAGAUAGUACAGUAGUAGAUAGGUAGACAUUUAAAUUCUACUACAAAGCCCCUUAAGCAUUCAGGGAAUAAGUGAUUUAUGAAACUCUUCCUCAAAUUCAUGUAUCGGUGUCGUGUCCAGUACCGUACUUUGGGAAACCAGAAAAUAAGUACACACUACAGUCCCUUAUAUGUUUGCAUUUUAUAUAAUUCUCGAUGGCCUAGCUAGGUUCACUAUAAAUAUUGGUUUAAGAAAGGAAGACGGAAAAUGGCUUCAAUGUCACACCAUCUUCUUCUCAAUAAGCAUGUCAAACUUUAGAACCAGUAAUGUAUUUGGGAACUAUACAGUGAAGUUCACGGGGGUCCAUGCCAAACUUCAGAACUAGACACUAGAGUUAGUUGUGCUGGUAGGCACCUCUAAGUUAUUUAACAGCUCCAAUUAAUCAAGCUCUGUAAGCAUUUAGUGCUCCAUUUUAGGGAGACACGGUUAGUUAGUAAAGAAAAGCAAUUAGGUCCGAGUCCCUUGCUCACUUCCAAAAUGUGUAUUGUUGUACUAAGCUGGAAUUCUGCACUCCUUUUAUUACUUAUUUACUUACCAAUUCCUGGGCUUUGCUAGAGAAAUAGGGUUUGGAGGGUUUUGUUUCACUUCUAUUUAUUAAUACCCUAUCUAUAUUACUAACGUUAUGAUUCUGGAUGAUCUGAUUUAUUUUUUUAUUUUUUUUUAUUGAAAAUAUGAGUAUAAUUGCUUUACCUUUCUGCUUCU